GCUUUAGUAAACGCUGCUCCUGCUUUGAAGCAUGGUUCUGAAUAUUCUCAAACAAUGGGUCCCGUCGCUGUUCUUUAUCCCCCAGACAGAGAAUGGGCUGAAACCACCGAAAGAACUGCUCCAUGUGGUACCCAUGCAACUGUCGGUAACCGAUCUGAUUUCCCAUUGGACGAUGGUUUUGUUGCUUUAGUUGCCGAUGCUGUUGGUUGGGAAGUUUCUUUAAAAAUCUCCUAUUCUUCUGAUCCUUCUUCCAUCGACGAUUUCGAAGAAUGGUAUCAUGGUAAUACUACCGAUGAAAUUUCCAUUGGUCAUACUUGUUUCUACAUGCCUGAUCAACCUUCCAACAUCAGAUCUGGUGAUGUUGCUACUAUUCAAUUGCAAUAUAUGGCUGAUGACGAACAAGAUGGUAAUGUCACCCACUACGCCUGUUCCGAUAUCACCUUUGUUGAAGAAUCUGUAUUUGAAGUUACUCAGUAUGCUUUAUCUUGUUUCAAUGCUACUGACAGUGGCUAUUAUUCCGGAAACUUAGCUGCUUCCGCCUCUUCAACUCUUGUUACAACCACCAUCACUGCCUCCAGCUCUGAUUCUGCUGCUGCC